AUGACAUUGAGUGCCUUACAAGAUCCCUGUAAUUUAAUAUUCAAGUCAUUUAAAUGUUCACAAAACUCUGCAAAAAACACCAGUUUACAGACCCACGUGACGUCAGACAACUUUUGGGAUGCGUUUUUAGUUUGUUUGUUUUUUUCUCUUUCCCCGUCUUUGCCUUCCUCCUUUCCCCGUCUUUGCCUUCCUCCUUUCCCCCCCUCUUUUUUGCCUUCCUCCUUUCCCCGUCUUUGCCUUCCUUCCUCCUUUCCCCCUCCUUCUUUUGCCUUCCUCCUUUCCCCUCUUUUUGCCUUCCUCCUUUCCCCGUCUUUGCCUUCCUCCUUUCCCCGUCUUUGCCUUCCUCCUUUCCCCGUCUUUGCCUUCCUCCUUUCCCCGUCUUUGCCUUCCUCCUUUCCCUUCCUUUCCCAUCUUUGCUUUUGCCUUCCUCCUUUCCCCCUCCUUUGCCUUUUGCCCUCCUCCUUUCCCCCUGCCUUUUCCCGCCUUCCUUUUCCCCCCCUUCCUCCUUUUGCCCUUCCUCCUUUCCCCGUCUUUGCCUUCCUCCUUUCCCGUCUUUGCCUUCCUCCUUUCCCCGGUCUUUUGCCUUCCUCCUUUCCCCGUCUUUGCCUUCCUCCUUUCCCGUCUUUGCCUUCCUCCUUUCCCGUCUUUUGCCUUCCUCCUUUUCCCCGUCUUUUGCCUUCCUCCUUUCCCGUCUUUUGCCUUCCUCCUUUUUCCCGUCUUUUGCCUUCCUCCUUUCCCGUCUUUGCCUUCCUCCUUUCCCCGUCUUUGCCUUCCUCCUUUCCCGUCUUUGCCUUCCUCCUUUCCCCCUUUUGCCUUCCUCCUUUCCCGUCUUUUAUUCCUCCUUUCCCGUCUUUGCCUUCCUCCUUUCCCCGUCUUUGCCUUCCUCCUUCCUCCUUUCCCCCCGUCUUUGCCUUCCUCCUUUCCCCGUCUUUCCCGUCCUUUCCCUCUUUGCCUCCUUUCCCCGUCUUUGCCUUCCUCCUUUCCCGUCUUUGCCUUCCUCCUUUCCCCCCGUCUUUGCCUUCCUCCUUUCCCGUCUUUGCCUUCCUCCUUUCCCCUUUUGUUCCUUUUCCCCGAUUUUGCCCUCCUUUCCCGUCUUUGCCUUCCUCCUUUUCCCGUCUUUGCCUUCCUCCUUUCCCCAUCUUUGCCUUCCUCCUUUCCCGUCUUUUGCCUUCCUCCUCCUUUUGCCUUCCUCCCCCCGUCUUUGCCUUCCUCCUUUCCCCCGUCUUUGCCUUGCUCUUUCCCGUCUUUUGCCUUCCUCCUUUCCCUUUUGCCUUCCUCCUUUCCCCGUCUUUGCCUUCCUCCUUUCCCCGUCUUUGCCUUCCUCCUUUCCCCGUCUUUGCCUUCCUCCUUUCCCCGUCUUUGCCUUCCUCCUUUCCCCGUCUUUGCCUUCCUCCUUUCCCCGUCUUUGCCUUCCUCCUUUCCCGUCUUUUGCCUUCCUCCUUUCCCCCUUUACCUUCCUCCUCUUUGCCUUCCUCCUUUCCCCGUCUUUGCCUUCCUCCUUUCCCGUCUUUGCUUCCCUCCUUUCCCAUCUUUUACCUUCCUCCUUUCCCCGUCUUUACCUUCCUCCUUUCCCCCUUUGCCUUUGCCUUCCCCCCUCCUUUCCCCCUUGCCUUUUGCUUCCUCCUUUCCCCGUCUUUAUAUAUUCCUCCUUUCCCUUUCUUCACUGUCCCCUUUUCUCCAGAUGAUAACAACCUUGUAACACUCCUUUUCCUUCUUCUUUCUGUUCUCUUGGAAAUUGUUUUUUUUUCGUCCCUCUUCUUCUUCCGCUCAUAG